GUGAAGGAUGGAGCCUUUGGCACUGACGAGUCACAGUUGGAGCUCGUGGCAUCAAUACAGUAGAACCGCGCAACAUUGAGGAGGUCCUUUCUGCACAGUUUGAGGACUUCAGCCUUGGGCUUCGACCCAAGCAUUUCGCUCCAUUGAUGGGAAGUGGCAUUUUUACCCAAGAUGGUGCAGCGUGGAGGCAUUCGCGGGCACUUCUACGGCCUCAAUUUACGUCCAACCGCUAUCAGAAUUUUGAGGAGAUGAAGAAAUCGGUGGAGAGCCUCACGGAUCAAAUUUCUCCCAACAGCGUCGUGGAUCUGCAGCCGCUGUUCUUCCGUUUGACUUUCGAUACGACUACAUUCCUUCUCUUUGGUAAGACACUAAGCUCUUUGCAAAGCAGCGAUAUCGCUGGCAAGGAAUCAGAAUUUGCGGCAGCUUUCAACCUAGGCCAGGACUACUUAUCACAUCGUGGCCGUUUGGGAGACUUGUACUGGCUAGCCAAUACUCCCGAGUUCUGGCGGGCUUGCAAGACUUCGCAUCGCUUCGUCGACGACGCAAUCCAGGACGCACUGGAUAAUGCGGAUAAGUCAGAGCCUGAGAAGACAGAAGACGAGGAUAAGAAGAGUUACGUGUUCAUUGACGCGCUCAUCCAGGAGACCCGGGACAAGAAAGAACUCCGCGAUCAGUGCUUGAACGUUCUCCUGGCGGGCAGGGAUACGACCGCAUGUUGCCUCAGCUGGACUUUGCGCUUGCUGGCUCGACAUCCUCAGGUUCUGGAAAGACUACGUAAGGAGAUCGAUGAAGUGGUGGGCCUUGGAGAAGAUGCGUCUCAGCCAACUCGAGUGGAUCUGAAGAAGAUGAGAUACCUCGAUCUGGUUCUGAAAGAAGUACUUCGCCUCUACCCAUCGGUGCCGGUAAAUUCUCGCGCAGCACUCAAGACAACAACGCUUCCUGUUGGAGGAGGCCCGGAUGGUCAGUCCCCAAUAUUGGUAAGAAAGGGCGAGGCCGUCGGUUAUUGCGUAUAUGCUAUGCAUCGCCGCACCGACAUUUACGGAGAAGACGCACUCGAUUUCCGCCCCGAGAGGUGGGAAGAUGGAACGCUGUUGCACGAUGUGGGUUACGGGUAUCUACCCUUCAAUGGAGGGCCAAGAGUAUGUCUAGGCCAAGAGUUCGCUCUCUUAGAAGCAGGAUACACUGUGGCGAGACUGGUGCAAAAAUUCCCUUUCUUGACUGUUCCGCAAGAUGAUCCUGUUGUCGCGGUCGGAAAGGAAAAGCAGAUCCUGACACUAGUGGUCGCUUCGGGAGAUGGAUGCCGUGUACACAUGCGCUCGUAGAACAAGAUGAAGCUUUGUCUUAUAACAAUGUUAUAAUCCGCGAAUCGUGGCCCGAGUAAUGGGACGGACUGUUGCAAUCCCAGCCAAA